GUGGUGAAGGGUAUAAAUGCAGCCAGCCGAAGGGCCCCUAGUACUGCACGGCUCCCAAGAUCCUGUGCAAGUCUCUUUAAGAUGAAGCUGCCAGGCCAAGAGGAGUUUGAAGGUCCUGGCACUCAUGAAAAUGUCCUUGCAGAGGAAGUGGACAGUGGCCCUGAUGGUCCCUCAGACACGGACAAUGGGGAGUCAGGGGUAUCCAAGGACCCUCUACUCUUCAUUCAACUGAAUGAGCUGCUGGGCUGGCCCCAUGCUCUGGAGUGGAGAGAGACAGGCAGGUGGUUGCUGUUUGAGGAAAAGCUGGAGAUGGAUGCAGGCCGGUGGAGUGCCCCCCAUGUGCCUACCCUGGCACUACCUAGCCUCCAGAAGCUUCGAACCCUGAUGGCUGAGGGUAUCAUACUGCUAGACUGUCAAGCUGGGAGCCUCCUGGAGCUUGUGGAGCAGGUCAUCAGUGGGGAGUCACUGAGCCCAGAACUGAGAGGACAGCUUCAGGCCUUGCUUAUGCAGAGACCCCAGCACCACAUCCAGGCCACAGGCAUCAGGCCUUGCAGAGGGUCUGCUGCCUUUGGAAAUGCUUCUCAUGAUGAGGAUGUCCCCCUGAAGCACCAGAACCCUUUGAGACAGAAGCUGCCGGAAGGAGCUGAGGCGGCAGCUGUGUUGGCAGGAGAGCUGGGCUUCCUGGCACGGCCGCUAGGGGCCUUCGUAAGACUGCGGAAUCCAGUGGUGCUGGAGCCUCUUACCGAGGUGUUCUUGCCCAGCAGGUUUUUCUGCCUCCUCUUGGGCCCUCCCACCCUGGGAAGGAGCUACCAUGAAAUGGGUCGGGCAGCAGCUGUCCUCCUCAGUGACCCGCAAUUCCAGUGGUCAGUUCGUCGGGCAAGCAAUAUUCAUGACCUUCUGGCAGCCCUGGAUGCCUUCCUACAGGAGGUGACAGCUCUACCCCCAGGUCGGUGGGACCGGACAGCCCGGAUUCCCCCACCCAAACGCCUACCUUCUCAGCACAAAAGACUCCCCUCGGAACUGCAGGAGGUCACCGGCCUCUCCUUCCAGAGUGCGGCCCUGUCGGAGGACAAGCACCACCAUGCGCCGCACCCACCCAGCCCAGAACUGCAAAGGACCGGCAGGCUCUUUGGGGGUCUUAUUCAGGACGUGCGCCGGAAGGCAUGCUGGUACCCCAGCGAUUUCUUGGACGCCCUACACCCCCAGUGUUUCUCAGCUGUGCUCUACAUUUACCUGGCCACAGUCACGAACGCCAUCACUUUUGGGGGUCUGCUGGGAGAUGUCACUGAAGGUGCCCAGGGAGUACUGGAGAGUUUCCUGGGCACUGCAGUGGCUGGAGCUGCCUUCUGCCUGAUGGCAGGACAGCCCCUUACCAUCCUCAGCAGCACUGGGCCAGUGCUGGUAUUUGAGCGCCUACUCUUUUCUUUUAGCAGAGAUUACAACCUGGACUACCUGCCCUUCCGCCUGUGGGUAGGCAUCUGGGUGGCCGCAUUUUGCCUGGCACUGGUGGCUACAGAGGCCAGCUUGCUGGUGCGUUACUUCACCCGAUUCACAGAGGAAGGAUUCUGUGCUCUCAUCAGCCUCAUCUUCAUUUAUGAUGCCGUGGGGAAAAUGCUAAAUUUGGUCCAUGCCUAUCCCAUCCAAAGGCCAGGAUCGCCUGCCUAUGGUUGCUUCUGUCAAUACCCAGGCCCAGGAGGAAAUGCAUCUGAGUGGACAAGUACAAAGCCUGAAGACACAGAUGAUGUCCUAAGCAUGCACCUAGGCCUGGUCAACGCAUCCUUGCUGCCUCCACCUGACUGCAUCCAGCAAGGAGGCUCUCCCCGCGGCCCCAGCUGUCACACAGUGCCAGACAUCGCCUUCUUCUCCUUUCUCCUCUUCUUUACUUCUUUCCUUUGUGCCAUUGCCCUCAAGCAUGUGAAGAACAGCCGCCUCUUCCCCUCUGUGGUGCGCAAGGUGUUCAGCGACUUUUCCUCAGUCCUGGCUAUCCUGCUGGGCUGUGGCCUUGACGCCUUUCUGGGCCUAGCCACACCGAAGCUCUUGGUGCCCACAGAAUUUAAGCCUACACUCCCUGGGCGUGCCUGGCUGGUGUAUCCUUUUGGAGCUAACCCCUGGUGGCUGAGUGUGGCAGCAGCCUUGCCUGCUCUGCUGCUGUCUAUUCUUAUCUUCAUGGACCAGCAGAUCACAGCAGUCAUCCUCAAUCGCGCAGAAUACAGGCUGCAGAAGGGAGCUGGCUUCCACCUGGACCUCUUCUGUGUAGCUGUAUUGAUGCUGUUCACAUCAGCGCUUGGGCUGCCCUGGUAUGUCUCAGCCACUGUCAUCUCCUUGGCCCACAUGGAUAGUCUUCGGAGAGAGAGCAAAGCCUGUGUCCCUGGUGAAGCCCCCCACUUUCUGGGUAUCAGGGAGCAGAGGCUGACGGGUUUGGUGGUGUUCAUGCUCACAGGCGUCUCCAUCUUCCUGGCUCCUGUGCUCAAGUUCAUCCCGAUGCCCGUGCUCUACGGCAUCUUCCUGUACAUGGGGGUAGCAGCACUCAGCAGCAUCCAGUUCAUGAAGAGAGUGCAGCUGCUGUUGAUGCCGACAAAACAUCAGCCGGACAUGCUGCUCCUGCGGCACGUGCCUCUGGGCAGAGUUCACCUAUUCACAGCCGUCCAGCUUGCCUGCCUGGGUCUGCUUUGGCUAAUCAAAUCUACCCCUGCAGCCAUUAUCUUCCCACUCAUGUUACUGGGCCUGGUGGGAGUCCGGAAGGCACUGGAGUGGGUCUUUUCGCCACAGGAACUCCUCUGGCUGGAUGAGCUCAUGCCAGAGGAGGAGAGGAACAUUCCUGAGAAGCGGCUGGAGCCGGAGCACUUGUUCAGUGGAGAUGACAGCGAAGAUUCCGAACUGAUGUAUCAGCCAAAGGCCCCAGAAAUCAACAUCUCUGUGAACUAGCUGGAGUCAAGAGUGUGGAGACCCCGGGAAACACACACAAGGUGAGCGU